CAGUUCGCUCGCAGUCAGUCAGUGUUUACGUUGCGUUCGGGUCGGGAGUGUUGUGUUGACAGACAGUCGUGUCUCUGGAGAGUAAAAUUUACUAUUUUCAUUGGCUUGAUUCUGUUAUCGAAAAAUGCAAAUAAACAAUGGGAUAUUGUAGUAUACUGUUGAAUAACAGCACUGCCCAAUAACCAACGUUUUCCUGCUGUUCAUUGGAAGCUUGUGAUAAUCUGACCAUCGUAGAGAAAAAAAAGGAGAAAAGAGUGAAUUACGGUCAUCAGCACCGCGGCAGCCGAUCGACGGACGCUAAUUGAAGCACCCGAAGGCCCCCAACUGCUGAAGAUGGAAAACAACAUAAAGAAUCACUCGUUUGUCAAGGAUUACUUCGCAAAUCUCAACGAUGUAUCACGGAAAAUCUCACUCGAUAUAGACGAGAUCAGAAGCACAUAUGAGCACAUCUGGGACGAUCUGACCCGUGACGAGCAAAUCGAAAUCAUCAAUGAGACUUUGAUAAAGCCAGAACUAACACUGAAAUAUUUUGAUAGUUUCUCCACGUCGUCGGACUCGUUCCGGAAUAUCAUCGAAAGUGAUGAGAACAGCGAUGAUCGAAAGGUCAAUUUAUACGAUGGUAAGACGUUACAAACGUUCCAGUAUCUCAAAACUGGUCGAAAGGUAAUUCACGAUGAAUCGGUUGGAUUAUUCCGGGACGAGCACUCCGCACCUUUCGCGCAUAAAACUAAAAGUCAGAUAAAUUUAUCUAUUUUUCCACCGGAAAAGGAUAAACCAAGCGAGAGAAGGCUGGACCUAGCGAAAAAAAUAGAAAAGAUAAAAUCUCCCAAGACGAAUGAUUCUUCUUGUGCGAAAUCCAACGCGAAGGUGACCAAUGCUGAAGCGCCCACCCUCGACCAAGAGAACAAUCAGAUCCCAGGAAUCAAAUCCAACGGGCCCAAUAGCGACUUCCUAGCCAAUUUCAUAUGUACUCAAGCCAGCGCUUCGGCAGCUUUAGUGUCAGCGUCGAUGGCAAGCGACGAGAUGGACGGCCAGUCGUUGGAAAAUCUUGGCUUCGAUGACGACAAAAUCAAUCUGUUCCGCAAUAGUUCCCGUAGUGACAGUCUUCAUCAAGCACCGUCUUCGUCCGUUGAGGAGGACGACAAGAAUUUCGAUGAAAUGAACAGCUUGCUCGGUAAUAGCAAGGGUUUCGAUUUCCUUAACAAUUGGUAAUCUUCAGUUUUCCACGUAUCGUUGGAGGUACGUAUCAGUAUGUGUAAUGUGUUGUUCUUCCUAACUUCCUGUCUAGUCUCUCUAAAGAUCAUUUACAUUUAGCAAAAGUAUAUAUGUUCUCCAUUACAAGAAUCGCAUCUCCAUGGCUUCUCAUCGAAGCUGAUCGAAAAACAUAAGGUAUUAAGGAAACUGUAGCUCGAUUGUCAAAGACUUAUGGCACAAGCGAGAUUCGAACAAUUGUCAAAACUAAAAAAGCGUUUUCCAAAAUGGUUAACGAAUUAAAGGAAAUUUGAAUGUCCUUUUCGGUCUUAUCCUAUGAUCGACGUUCUCAAUAUACCUCGAUUCGUUGACUUCUCAGUUUGGUUGUACGCUAGAAUCUCAGCUGGGCCUUACUGCACCAGAGACUGAUUUUGAAACCAAAACAUUCAGCGAAUUGUCCCCAUUGAAGAUAAUUAUACCUCAAAAAUAAUACUCAUCUUUAAGUCAUGCUCAUACGAAUGAAUGUUCUCAGCUCUCAACUCCAUUUUUAUAAAACUCAAACAGUAAGGCAUUGA